UCGAGCGGCGAUUUGCUGGAUGUGGCUCUGCUGCUUAUGGCCCCUCCAGUGCUUCGCUGCGUUUCCAGGUGUCUCAGCAGAAGGCUGCUGCUGCAGCAGCACACGUCGGCUGCAUUUUAUUCGGUAGGGGAAGACGUGGCAGCGCGAUACUUCUUAGGCCUUGCGCUUUUAGGCUUAUCAGCGCCUUAUGUUGGGCUUAUGAAGUUUCUGCUAGAAUCACCCCCCACGCCAGCAGCGCUAGCAGCUGGCGUUCUCCCCCCUGCCGUCCCCCCAGCCCAACCCCUACAGCAGCAGCAGCAGCAGCAGCAGCAGCAGCAGCAGGUGGGAAGGCUAGAUUUUUCAGCAGCGAGUGCUGCUGCGACGACUGCGCCUUCCCAGGUCGCUCUUAUAGGGGCGCCUUCGGCAGUUACUUGGCCUCGAGAGCUGAAAAGCAGCGUCUUCGAUGAGGCUUAUGAGCAAGACACACCUAUGGCGAGUGCACCACUUUCUCAGCCCUAUCGGUCUGCUGGCUUGGUAGCAGGAGCAGCAGCAGGAGCAGCAGCAGCAGCAACAGCAGGUUGUGGACUGAAUGUCGGCUUCCCACCAGCCCGUUCAUCGAGAAACAACACAGGCGCUAUUUUGCAGGGAGAUAUUACAACUGCAGGAGGUUCAAUCUUUGGUUCAGGUGCUGCGGGAGCUGCCGCUCCCGCUGGGGUUCCAGGAGGAUCUGCAAGAGGCAACAACAGCAGCAGCAACAGCAGCAGCAACAGCAGCAACAACAGUAAGCAUUGCAGCAUGAGUGGUGGCGGGUAUGUCCGAUCUAAGCGAUCACUCUCGAGCAGUGACAUGCCUCCUUCAUGGCGCCAACGAAGCGGGAGUCUCAGCGAGUCGCAGCAGCUCCAGCCUUCUCAUCAUUAUCAGUAUCAUCAUCAGCAGCAGCAGUCUCAUCAUCACCAGUCUCACCAGCAGCAGCAGCAACGCCGCCAUCUCGCCAUUCCACUUUCGCGCGUCUUGCAGCAUCUCACUGAAGGAGGCAACUCCUUCCAAACUAGCCGCGUAUCCGCACUGAUACAAGACUGUUUGCGGCAGCAGCUGUCGGAGGACGGCGCCCUUCUGGCAGCUGCUGCAACGGGAGCCGCUGCAGCAGGCAAUAGCUCCCUAGGCUCCUUCCCAGCAGCUGCAGCACAAGGCUUCCGAGGAGUCUUCAUUGGAUACGAGGCAUCGCUGCUGGCAGUCUGCUCGGCGACUUCCUUCCUCAGUGCGUAUCUUCCACCACUCGCAGGGCAUGCUUGGUCUGGCUUGCUGGCGAGUCUCACCACCUUUUUUGCGGCGGAUCCGCAGCAGCAGCAGCAGCAGCGCUUAGCCUCCCUGGCAAAAGCCAUCCUCAAGCAACAGGAUCAGCUGCAGCAGCAAGCCGUUCCACCGAGGGGUUGUCUGCAGCAGACGCUGCAGCUCCUAAGACGGUGCACUCAAACCCUCAGCGCAGCGGCUGCUGCCGCAGUGGGACCAGCGCCAACAGAUCUGCCAGACGGCAGUCGAGAGCCUUCCCCCGCAGCCUCUUCUUCUUCCCUCCUACCAGCUCCGGAGGCUGCAGCGGCGGCAGACACAAGCUCCCCAGCAACGACAGCAACACGGGGAGGCACUGCUGCCCCCUUGGCUGCGUGCGCCCUCUUCUGUUCAAAACUCCGCGUGGCGCUCCUCUCUGUAGACAGUGAGGACGUCUGCCGCCGCCUUUUGAUUGCCGCCAACAACGAGCUGCUGCUCUGCAGGCUGUUGCUGCUUUGCUUGCCAGACACCAGCUGCGGCAGUCUCAUUCAUUGCAGACUUUUGCAGCACCAGCUGCAGAAGGCAGCGAUCAUGCGAGAUGCUCUCACUGUCUCGGCGUUGAAGCGGAGGCACAAGCAGCUCGCAGCGUCGAGCAAGUCAUCAGCAGUCGCUUCUUCAGUGCAGCAGCAGCAAGAGGCGCAGAAUGGAAGGAAGUGCGACGUGAAUGAAGAUCCUGCGGUUGCUGUCUCGCCUUUCCAACGAGGGUUCCUCUGUACGGCUACCAUGGAUAUUGACUUCCUGCAGCUCUUCGAGAAAAAAGAAACAGUUCGGCUUGCAUACCUGCCGGAAGCGGCAGCUCGCCGCCUCCUAGGCUUCCCCCGAGCGAUCACUGCCAUUGAAAAUUUAAAGGGGCUGGCCGCAGAUCGGUACGCAGCUCAAGAGUCGUCCUCGAGGGAGGCUGCCGUUUUCUUCACCGCCGCAGAGAGCGCAUUGAGCUUUCUGCGUCACUCCGCUUAA